CAUCACAUUCACACAUCACCAAAGAAAAAAAGAAAAGAAAAGGAAAAAGGCAUCACAGUAAAGAGGAAGAAGAAGAGAAUCCAUCACAUUUCCACCACCAUAGCAAAAAAGCUCGCAACUACAACAACAAUGGCGAUGGCUUUCAAGAUGGCGACGACGGGGAUGUGGGUGGCGGAGGAGAGCAAGAGGUCGUUCAUGGAGAUGAAGUGGAAGAAGGUUCACAGGUACAUAGUCUUUAAGAUCGACGAGAUCUCGCGCCUCGUCACCGUCGAUAAGGUCGGAGGCGCCGGCGAGAGUUACGACGAUCUCACUGCCUCCUUGCCGGAAGACGACUGCCGCUUCGCCGUCUUCGAUUUCGACUUCGUCACCGCCGACAACUGCCGCAAGAGCAAGAUCUUCUUCAUCGCCUGGGCGCCGGCGGCGUCGAGGAUAAGGGCGAAGAUGCUGUACGCGACGUCGAAGGAGGCGGUGAGGAGGGUGUUGGAAGGAAUCCAUUACGAGGUCCAAGCCACCGACCCCACCGAGAUGGGAUUCGACCUUAUCCAAGACCGUGCCAAAUAAUAAUUUAAUGUCUAUAAUUACCUUUAAACAUUAAUUAACAUUCUUAGUUAAUGUUUAAUCUUAAUUAUUGCUGCUUACCCUCUUUAUGACUGCUUUGUGUGGGUUUUAUUUUUUCUGUUUCGGUUAGGCGUUUUUGUCCCCUAAUGUUAAAGAGUUUAAUGAUAAAUGCUAAUUACCUUCUAGAUUC